UGGCCAUGGACAAUUCCUACAGAAAGGCAAAUAGAAAACAGGAGUCGCCAAGUUCAGUUGUGGCAAGCUGUGAAAUUCAGAAUAAGCAAAUAAUGACUGAAGAAUCAGGUGUAUUCCUUCCAGGAAAUCAUGAAGCUGAGAUGUGCUAUGGAGGAGAAGCUGAUCUACACAAACAUGUUGCUGGCUGUAUGAAGAAUCCAGGUCACAAAGGUUUUAUACCUCUUAAAGAUUUCAACGCAAAUUAUCUCCCCUCACGUUACCAUGACGACCUCAUGUCUGUGACAAUCAAAACAUUGGCAGCCCUAACUGUCCAGGUAAAGACUAAAUUCACCAGUCUAAAGAGACCAGAGUUUUACCCAGGCACUCAAGUUCCAUAUCCAUGUUAUAAGGACAGAGGAAGUCACGUGAUGAGGUUAGGGACGGGGAGGGUGUAUCGUGUGUACAAGUACACAGAGAGUGACAACAAGGGCACUUGUAAAUGUGGCAAGUGUCAACACUCGGACACACCCAGCAAAGUGUGGGGUGAGGUUGUUGUGUUGACAGCCGCACACGUGGUGUUUGAUGAGAGUGAGGCGAGACAGACCAGGUGUGUUGUAGGUUUUGAUGACAAUAAAAGUCCUGGGGUCAGUCUUGAUGGCUGGGGGGUGAUAGAGGCAUACAUUAAGGGAGACUGGUGUAAGUUUACAUGUGUGUCAUGUGACUUAAAGUUGGUUGAUGAACUGGACAAGAUGUGUGGGCGCUUUAAUGGUCUAAGUAGGAAAGCAAGGGACAAAUACAGGAGAUUUGAUGUUGUGGACAAGUUGACCGUUAUAGUGUCACAUCCUCAUGGCUGUCCUAAACAGGUCUCUGUAGGACAAUGGACACACGAACAUGAGAGGAGGGGAGGUUGGUACAAGUACACGUACACAACAUGUACAUGUCCUGGCUCCAGUGGGGCGUCUGUGUACAUGCCGGGAUACGGCGGGUGGUUGUUGUAUCUCCAUCCCCACAGUGGAUCAAACUCUGAAGGAAAUUAUAGUGGGGAGUAUUGA